AUGUAGAAAAGUAAUAAAUCUUUUGAUAAAAAGGACUACCCAGAUCUACCAGAUAUAGAUAUAAACUAAUUAAACCUAGAUAUUAAGAAUCUUCCCCCUCUACCUGACCACAUCUAGUAUAAGGUCGCUAAAGCUCCAGUGGCAGAUAUUCAUGGCAAGCUAAAGAAACUGGAAGAGUCUGAGUUCAAAAAUAAAAAGCCAUUCACUCUAAAGAGAUCUGAGUUCAAUGUGGAAACCUAUUGGGGGAGGUUUAGACAUCAAUUUUCAAGAAUUAACCCCUCCCUUUUCUUUGUAAAUGACAAAAAGAUCAGGGAAUGCUUGUAAAAGGUAGAGAAAUUUAAGAUUAGAGAGGAGGCCUCUGAUAACAUUGGAGCUAAGGUAUAUCUUAAGCAAGAGGAGAUUGAUGAGCUUAUAUAUGCCAAUAGAGUGGUUGGGUCUGCUGUCCAUCCUGAUACUAAGUAGAUAAACCCUCCUUGGUUUAGAAUGUCCAGCUUUGUACUAUUUAAUGUGCCAUUGGUAUUUUUAGUAUUGUUCGCUCCCAAUCAAACUCCAGCUUUCAACGCAAGCUUGCAAGGUAUGAAUCAAACUUAUAACGCUAUGAUGAACUAUGGAAAUAGGAAUGCCUCAAGCCCAUACACCAACGAGGAUAUCCUCAAAGGCUAUGCAUUUGCAGUCCUUACCUCUGGAGGUAUUGCCCUUUACAGUAGAAAACUACUAGCUAGCAAAUUAAAAGCUCUGAAAGGAGCAAGACUAAUCUUGGCUAACUCUGCUCUAGGUUAUCUAGCUGGUGCAUUUGCUGGUGUUGGCAACGUAGUAAUGAUGAGAUCAAAAGAGCUAAAAGAUGGCAUCUAACUCUAGAAUGAAGAAGGUGAUGUCAACUAUGGAAACUCGAAAGUUGCUGCGUAACAAGCAAUAUUCUAAACAGGAUUGUCUAGGUUUGUACUGGCACUGCCUGUGUUAUUCUUCCCUGCUCUUGCUAACUUGGUGCUUGAAAAGUUUGGACUGUGGCCUAAGAGAGCUAGAUUAGCUAAUUUAAUUGAACUUAUUUUAUGUGCUUGCUCACUUACAGUGGCAUUGCCCAUGAGUGUUGCUUUGUUCAAUCAAAGAAGCAUGCUCCCUAGAGAGUCUCUCGAAGCUGAGUUUUAGGACUUAAAGGACAGCAAAGGCGAAGUCAUUACUCACUUCUACUUCAACAAAGGAUUAUGA